AUGGAUCAAUCUUCAGCACAAGAUGAAAAUAGCAAAAUGGAUGCAACACCCUUGCCAGUCAGUCUAAAUCCUGAGGUAAUAGAAUCGAGGAAUUUGGCGCCUGAAAUUGACUUGCCUCAAAUUUUUCAAAAGAUUGUCCAGGAUAGAGGGAAUUUUAGAGAUUUGGAUGAAAAUGAAUUAGAAAAGCAAUUAGAGGACGAGCAAGAUUUUACGAAGACAUUUCCUGGUAAACAAGAUCCUUACUAUGGUUUUACCAUUCUUCCAACCCAGCAAGAAGCCAAUGACGUUUCUCCGGGCUCUACGAAUGUUCAUGAUCACAAAAAAGAACUUAUAGAUCACAUUUUGAUUGCUCAAAAUGAGUGCUCGCUAGCGCUUGAUAUGACUUCUUUACUUCUUUCGAAGUAUAAGCAAUCUAGUUCGGAUACAAUUUCGCCUUUUCUGAAAUCUACUGUUCCUCCUGGAUCACUAGGAUUGGAGCGAUGCCAUCCUCCUGAAGUAAAAGAGUCCGAUAAUGUUCUAGCUAUGUGCUGGAAAAGAAAGUCCUUACAUUCUUCAAAGAGUCUUCUUGCUGAUGCCAAGGAAAGAUUAUCCAAAGUUGUGGAUUCCGAGCGUGAGUACUUUCAGAUGUUGUCCAACGUUAGGGAUUCAUCGUGGCCUCUUGUACUGAGCAACAAGAGAGGUAAUUAUGAUGUUUCGAUACAAUAUAGUGCCAUAGGUGGAACAUCUUUAGGUCUCGGAUUAAUCAGGAAGGAUCAAGCAAAGCAAAGCUAUAACUUUGAGACUGGACUUGCACAUGAAAAAGCGAACUUGCGUGUUGAUUUAGUAUCAAGUAGCGGAAAGGUUAUUGCAUCUUCAAAAUGGAAUUGGAAUUGGGGAAUACAAGAAGAAGACCCAUUGUUGGUGAAAAUACAAAGUGCUCAACGAGUACUGCUAGAAAUGGAUGUUUGGAGCGCACUGCUACAGGAAGCACAAAUUUGUGAAAAUCAAGGCGUGGUGUUUACUGGGGAUACUAUUUUUCUAUCCUGCAAUUCGGAAUUUUCAUUGCGAAUUUCCCUUGAUACCGGUGCAGAAGACAUUAGACAGAGUUCGGAAGACGAUUCAGAUCAAGAACAAGGAGAGGAAUAUGAUGAAGAAACUAGAAGAUUUUUACAAAAAUGCUGUAAUGCUGCCAACGCGAUUACACAGAUUUUAUUCUUACAGUAUUGCCGAAAUCCUACCAGAAAAUUACAGCAAGCGGAAUUGGCAAUGGUUAUCGACCCUUCGGCUCCUCAAAUAAUUCGUCCUCUCAUAUUCUACUACGCGAUUCACGAGGAAGCCCGUCAGUUUCAAAAGUGGUUACAAAAUGAGGGCAUAAAAUUCGAGUAUUUACCCUCUUACCCUUGGGAAACAGCGAGAGACUUUACAACGUUUGAAUCUUCUUUACUGACAAAUCGCAUCAACUUGCAGUGGUACCUUGAUCUUGGUUUUUCUUUAAGCGCUAAUAUUCAGCAUAACCCGACUAUGCAUGGAACCGAAAAAACCGUAUGGAAGUACAAAGAUGCCUAUAACUAUUACAAAUUCUCUUCCGUAAAAAAUUUAUGUCAAUACAUUGAGCAUGCACGGAAACAAAGGGAAGAAAUGGCUUCGAAAACUAAUGAAGAAUAA